CUCCGGGGCUUGAGGGGACCUCGGGUCGCCCCGCGCACGAGCUCGCGUGGUCCGGGGCAGAAGCGAGGGGCAGUAGCUGCUCCCUUACAGGCCGAAGGGCUCUCCACCAUGCCCGGGGGCGUGCCCUGGUCCGCCUACGUGAAAAUGCUCUCCUCCAGCCUCCUGGCCAUGUGCGCCGGGGCCCAGGUGGUGCACUGGUACUACCGGCCUGACCUGACAAUACCUGAGAUCCCACCAAAGCCUGGAGAACUGAGAACGGAGCUCUUGGGACUGAAAGAGAGACACCAUGAACCUCAGGUUUCACAGUAGUAGCUUUAAAAUACAACUCUGCCAAGAAUUCUGUGAAUACUUUCCACAUAUAUUUUUAAAUGUAUUGAGUAAAACUACUUCUUAAAUCAUCUAAUCCAAAAACAAAUGCUGGUUGAUAGGAACCGAUAAGGUAGAUCUUGUAUUGAUUCGGUCAGUAUUUUCUAGUCUCACCUGGAGCUCACUGUGCAGAUCAGGCUGGCUUCUGCAACAAGGUCUUGCUGUGUAGCCCAUGCUGACCUCAGGAGAGUCCUCCAGCCCCCACUUCCCAAAUGGUGGAAUUACAGGUAUGAAGGACUGCACUCAUAAGAGCUGCCUAAGCUUCAGCUUCGUGCAUUUGGCCGGGAAGAUGAGACUGAACAUUUGCAAUGUCUCCUGCCAUUCCUCUUCUUUCUCUGAAUGAGCUUGGUUAUAAUGGCAAGUUAUAAAUUAAAGAAGUAAAAGUCAGUGAGAACGCUUAUAGGGUCUAAACACUGAGAAGUAGUAUUUGUACUGAACUGUAUAAAAUAUUCAAAGUUCUUUGGAAUUGUGUGCCUAAUGGAAUUGCAACAUUAGUAACAACUUGUCAAGGUGCUUAAAUCCCCAAAAUUUGAGAAAUUGAACUAAAAUUGGCAUUUUCUUUAUACAUAUAAAAAUGAAAGUGCAGUUGAACUGUGUCCCUAAAAAAUGUUGACCUCAACCCUUGGUGUCUGGGAGUGUAGGAUUGGGGCCAUGAGGGUGGGCCUGAUGCGGUGACCACUGUCUUAAUGCCACGAGAACAGACACAGGGAGGACAUUGUGUUAAGACAGUCAGAGACUGGAGCGUUGGAACUGCCAGCCAAGAACACCAAAUAUUUGAAGCCUGCACCCGAAGCUUGGACGAGGAAAGAAGGAUUCUGCAGUCUCAGAAUAAGGCCUGCUCACACUGCACCUGAAGCUUGGACGAGGAAAGGAAGGAGCGUACAGUCUCAGAACAAGGCCUGCUCACACUGCACCUGAAGCUUGGACGAGGAAAGGAAGGAGUGUGCAGUCUCAGAACAAGGCCUGCUCACACUGCACCUGAAGCUUGGACGAGGAGAGGAAGGAGUGUGCAGUCUCAGAACAAGGCCUGCUCACACUGCACCUGAAGCUUGGACGAGGAGAGGAAGGAGUGUGCAGUCUCAGAACUCACACCGCACUUCCAGUGUUCUCCUUCAGAACCUGACACCACAUUUCCUGCCGCCUAGAUUUGUACCAUCAGCUCUAGGAAAUGAACUCGUUUUAAGAUUUUGCUCAAUCUUAAAUAGAACAAGAUAAUUUAUUCAACAACUGA